AUGCCGGGGGGCAAAAGGGGGCUGGUGGCACCACAGAAUACAUUUUUGGAGAACAUUGUCAGACGCUCAAGUGAAUCAAGUUUUUUAUUGGGCAAUGCUCAGAUUGUGGACUGGCCUGUAGUUUAUAGUAAUGACGGUUUCUGUAAACUCUCUGGAUACCACCGAGCUGACGUCAUGCAGAAAAGUAGCACUUGCAGUUUUAUGUAUGGGGAACUCACAGAUAAGAAGACGAUUGAAAAAGUUAGACAGACAUUUGACAACUACGAAUCAAAUUGCUUUGAAGUCCUUUUGUAUAAGAAGAACAGAACACCUGUUUGGUUUUACAUGCAAAUUGCACCGAUAAGAAAUGAGCAUGACAAAGUGGUGUUAUUUCUUUGCACUUUUAAAGAUAUCACUUUAUUCAAGCAACCUAUUGAAGAUGAUUCGACCAAAGGCUGGACAAAGUUUGCCCGUUUGACGCGAGCUCUGACAAACAGCCGGAGUGUUCUACAGCAGCUAACUCCCAUGAACAAAGCUGAGGUGAUCCAUAAACACUCUCGAUUAGCUGAAGUUCUCCAGCUGGGAUCUGAUAUCCUUCCACAAUAUAAGCAAGAGGCCCCAAAGACUCCGCCACAUAUAAUUUUACACUACUGUGCUUUUAAGACCACUUGGGACUGGGUCAUCUUAAUUCUCACCUUCUACACAGCCAUUAUGGUUCCCUACAACGUUUCCUUCAAAACAAAGCAGAACAACAUUGCUUGGUUGGUCCUGGAUAGUGUGGUAGAUGUUAUUUUUCUGGUGGACAUAGUUUUGAAUUUUCAUACUACCUUUGUUGGACCUGGUGGAGAGGUAAUAUCUGAUCCCAAACUCAUCAGGAUGAAUUACCUGAAAACCUGGUUUGUGAUAGACCUUUUGUCAUGUUUACCUUAUGACAUCAUCAAUGCCUUUGAGAAUGUAGAUGAGGGUAUCAGCAGCCUCUUCAGUUCCUUAAAAGUGGUGCGACUCCUGAGAUUGGGCCGUGUGGCCAGGAAGUUGGACCAUUAUCUGGAAUAUGGCGCUGCAGUAUUGGUGCUCCUGGUUUGUGUCUUUGGAUUAGUGGCCCACUGGCUUGCGUGCAUCUGGUAUAGCAUUGGGGACUAUGAAGUUAUCGAUGAGAUCACGAAUACCCUCAAGAAUGACAGCUGGCUCUGCCAAUUGGCAGAGAGUAUUGGAACACCGUAUCGGUACAACGCUACUGGAUCAGGGCAGUGGGAAGGCGGACCCAGUAAAGAUUCACUUUAUAUAACUUCUCUCUACUUUACCAUGACAAGCCUUACAACAAUAGGAUUUGGAAACAUAGCUCCAACCACUGAUGGAGAGAAGAUUUUCUCUGUGGCCAUGAUGAUGGUGGGAUCUCUUCUUUAUGCAACUAUUUUUGGAAACGUCACUACAAUUUUCCAACAAAUGUACGCCAACACCAAUCGCUACCAUGAGAUGUUGAACAAUGUGAGGGAUUUCUUAAAGUUAUACCAAGUCCCCAAAGGCCUUAGUGAACGUGUCAUGGAUUAUAUUGUCUCCACAUGGUCAAUGUCGAAAGGGAUCGAUACAGAGAAGGUCCUUUCAAUAUGUCCCAAGGACAUGAGAGCGGAUAUUUGUGUACAUCUCAAUCGGAAGGUUUUUAACGAACAUCCAGCUUUUCGGCUAGCUAGCGAUGGCUGCCUGAGAUCACUUGCAGUGGAAUUCCAGACGAUCCAUUGUGCUCCUGGAGACCUUAUCUAUCAUGCUGGUGAAAGCGUAGAUGCCCUCUGCUUUGUUGUCUCAGGAUCAUUAGAAGUCAUACAGGAUGAGGAGGUGGUGGCCAUCUUAGGUAAAGGGGAUGUUUUUGGUGACAUCUUCUGGAAAGAGACCACUCUGGCUCAUGCAUGUGCCAACGUACGGGCCCUAACCUAUUGCGAUUUGCACAUUAUCAAACGGGAAGCUUUGCUGAAAGUUCUGGACUUUUAUACAGCUUUUGCAAACUCUUUCUCAAGGAACCUCACUCUAACCUGCAAUCUGAGGAAACGGAUUAUUUCCGAAAAAAUCAGUGACGUCAAGAAAGAAGAGGAGGAGCGCCUGCGACAAAAGAACGAAGUGACCUUGAAUCCCGUGGACCAUCCUGUCAGGAAGCUCUUCCAGAAAUUCAAACAGCAGAAGGAAAUGCGGAACCAAGGGACGACAAUCAUUGAUCCUGAGAGGAAUACCCUCCAGGUGGACACCCGAACCAUGCAGAACGGUGCUGCCAUCAGCACAAGUGUGGUCACGGUGUCUCAAAUUACACCCAUCCAGACAUCAUUGUCCUAUGUGAAAACCAAUGAGGUGGUCAAACCAAACAACAGGGAUGCCACAGAGCUCAAACCUAAUAAUGGUGACCCCAAAUGGCUCAAAGUUACCAGCCCUGAGAUGAAAAACGGCAAUGGGAAAGGGUGGCUUCGAUUAAAGAACAACAUGGCAGGCCAGGAAGAGAAAAAGGAAGAGUGGAAUAACGUCACCAAGGCAGAGUCUAUGGGGCUGUUGUCAGAGGACCCCAAGAACAUUGACUCAGAAAGUAACAAAAACCCACUGAGGAAAACGGACUCCUGUGACAGUGGGAUCACAAAAAGUGACCUUCGUUUGGACAAAGCUGGGGAGAACCGUAGCCCUAGAGCACAGCCCUUGUCAACCAGAUACAAACACCCCUUUUACCCUAUCCCAGAACAAGCCUUACAAACUACCCUCCAGGAGAUCAAAUACGAACUCAAGGAAGAUAUCCAGCUAAUAAGCAGCCGGAUGGCCAUCCUGGAGAAGCAGGUGGCGGACAUUUUAAAAAUCUUGUCUGAAAGAACACAUCGCAGACAACAUCUUCAAAAAUCACGGUUAUCUCCUCAGCUACCAUCACAAAUACCUGGUCAGGACAUUUUUAGUGUCUCAAGGCCUGUCUCACCUGAAUCAGAAAGGAUGAAAUUCACUUUUAAUAUAUUCCUAUUUUUCUUUGUAUACCAAGCGUAUGCUGUGAAAUGGGCAUGCACGCAUACUCCUACACAGAUAUACAAACACAUGUCUGUGUGA